AUGGCUGAGAAUCAAACGUGCCACAUUUGUUCAGAGGGGGUGACGGAUGAUGAGUAUCGCAGAGAGCUUACGUGCUCAUAUGCUGCCUGCCCGUCAAGUGGACACGCGUAUCACGAAGAAUGCAUUACCAAGUAUCUGAGGUCGCUGAAAUCGCGGGUGGACUUGUUGAUUGGCUAUCAGUGUCCUUCAGUUUUAGACAACGGCAGUCGGUGUGGCGGCCGGAUAACUGGAACACAUCAUCGUCAGCCUGUCAAUCUGAAGAAAAAGCAGAAGCGAGUCGAAGCUGCGGCUGCCGCGGCCAAGGUGAAACCUGCCGCAGCUAAGGCUGGGCCAGCCGAGGCCAAGCCGGGUGUGGCCGCAGCUACAGCAGCUAUGCGACCUGCCGGCGGGGCCCCAAUGCGCCAAGCGGUGCCGCUUAAGGCCAUCAAGCCCGUGACAAAUGCAGUGCCGGCCAGCUGUGUUAGCGUGGUGGUCCCCGGCAGCGGCGCUGCUGCUCGUCUGAACGGCACACCGUUGACUGUUAGCAAGGAUAGCGCCAUGCCGCCGGAUUCGGUAGUACGGCAGCGCGUUAUUCCUGGUUGGACCGGACCGGAAAAGUUGACCACGAUCGACCGCUCAAAGAUUGCGGCUCUGCAGGCGGAAGCAAAGGCAGCUGUGGGUAGGGGCUCAAAGCUUCAGUCAAGCAAUGGUGCAUCGUUCUCAAAUACCAAUGUCAGCGCCGGCCUGCAGGUCAUGUCUGCAAAGAGUAAUAAAGAGUUUGGAGGAGGCUGCCAGCAGGUCAUUACAGUUUGGCCUGCCUUGAGUGCGAGGUUUAAGGCAGAGGGCUUGGACUCGAAAGACGACAACGACGUACAUCUAUCUGAGAAAUCACAGACCUUUGUUCUCACCCAGGAGGAUUUCCCUGAGAUACAAGCGGCCUCCCUACCAGCUCGUUUCCCGGCUCCAGCUGCUGCUCAGCAAUCGACGGUGGCGAAGUCGAACGCUGCUGAUCUUGGCUCGGCCAAUUUAAGGAGUACCAGCGCUUUGGCAGUCUCUGUCGAGGCGCCUUUUAUCACCGAUACCAAGCAGCGGCACCCGAGCCAACGCGCCGAGGAGGAGGUGCAACAGCAGCAUCAGCAACAGGCUCAGGUGGCUGAAGUCAGUGUAAAUGAGCAGCUUCAAGGUACCGUUCUGGAAUCCACAGCAGCCCCUGCCGUUGACGACCAGGUCAUUUAUUACCACGAGCUCUGCCCAACAGUGGAUGAGAAGUGGGCCGUCAUGGACGCCUACGGAAGCUACAUGUAUGUAGAAGAUGUGUAUGGCCCAAACCCAGAGGUUGUGGAGGGCUUCGAUGAGGCUACCGGCGUUAUGAAAUACUAUGUGCUAGUACGAGAGUCCGUAUGGAAGCAAAUGCAAGCGGUGGCAGCUGCUCAUGGCCUUUCUGGCGGUGAUGAAGGUUUGCUUUACGCGGUUUCUAAUGUGCCAGAGACAGCUGCUGCGCUGGCGCAUCCCCUGGAUGACGACGAUAACAACAUCUACCAGGAGCUCUCGCAACCUCAACCUGCGGACUCGAUGGUGCCUGGCGGAGUUGUCAAGUCGGCAGCUUGUAUUACCAACAACGUGUUUGGGAACGAGCCUGAGACCAAGGUUGCGGUAUUUCAUGGUGGUGUUGGUGAUUCGACCUCGGUGACGGCUACGUUGGAGCUUGAUAGCAGUGAGAGCGUGAACAAGGAACCGGUGACGGAUGACCUAGGUGACCUCCUAGCGCUUUGCCUGGUCUCGGCGCCGGGCGCAAUUGAGAAUGCGCAGGAUCUGGGUACCUGGCUGUCGCCGCCGUUGUCUAUUUCAUCCCAGCCGCGUGAGCAGGGCGUGUUGAAUGGCAAGAUGGCUUUCGCGAACAAUCCGCAUGGCAGCAGAGGGUACGUUGCGGAUGCCCCGACAGGCACCGUGGACGAUACAGCGGCCGAGGAUGUCGAUAGCCUCAUGCAGCUGCUUUGCGUUUAA